AUGGAGACAAUCCGUACUUGUGUAGCCAUUGUGGUUCAGUUGGAGGUAAAUAUAUUUCAACUUGAUUUAAAAUCAGCUUUUCUCAAUGGAAAAAUUCAAGAAGAGGUGUAUGUUGAGCAUCCCCAAGAUGAUCUCAUCUAUUUUGGAACAAACAAAGCUAUGGUGGCAGAAUUCAAGAAUCAAAUGAUGAAAGAAUUUGAGAUGACAGACUUGGGACUCAUGAAAUAUUUUCUUGGUAUACAAGUUAAGAAAAGUCCAGGAAGAAUCUUUCUAUCUCAAGAAAAAUAUAUUGAAGAUCUGCAAAAGAAAUUCAAUAUGAGUCAAUGCAAGCCCCUCUCCACUCCUAUGGCGUUGAAUAAAAAAUUUCAAGUUAACUGCGAUGGUGAGAAAGCUGACACAACUAGUUAUAGAAAGUUGAUUGGUUCUUUAAUCUAUCUCAACACAAGACCGGAUAUCACACAUUCGGUAAGCUUGCUUUCUAGAUUUUUGAAUGAGCCAAGUCAAAUUCAUUUUGCAGCCGCAAAAAGAAUCCUUAGAUAUCUUAAAGGCACAAAAACUCAAGGCAUUGAAUUCAAAAAGGAAAGUGAAUGUAAGCUGGUUGGGUAUACAGAUAGUGAUUGGGAAGUCUUGAUUGAUUAUCGAAAAAGUACCUCCGGUUAUAUCUUUUGUCUUGGAUCAAAUGUAAUAUCAUGGAGCUCAAGAAAACAGAAAUAUGUGGCAUUGUCAUCUGCCGAAGCAGAGUAUAUAGCAUGUACUGAUGCAACUUGUGAAGUUGUUUGGCUUCAAAGAAUUUUAAAGGACAUGAAGUUUGAGCAAUGUGAGCCGACAAUUAUUCAUUGUGACAAUAUGUCAGCUAUUGCAAUAACAAAGAAUCCCAUUUUUCAUGCUCGGUCCAAACAUAUUGAACGACGAACUCAUUUUAUUCGAGAUUUGAAGAUUAAAAAUCUUGCAGCGGAUCUAUGUCUAGAACGAGUAGCUGUUCUCAAAUUACUUCAUGACUCCCCUCCAAAUCUGUUGUUGAGUGCAGCUUUACCUGAUAAUACUGAUUCAAAUAAAUCUGCAAUGACAAUGUCAGAGCUUGAAAGUGAAACACUAAAAAGCAGUGCUUCUGAAGGAACCAUAAUUGAUUUAACAUCUGAAGAAAAAGAGGAAGUUCCUAUCCAUGUUAUUGUCGGUAUUAAUUAG